AUGGUGGUGCUCGGCGGCGUCACCCGGCUGACGCGGUCGGGGCUGUCCAUGACUGAUUGGAAGUUUACGGGCGAGAAGAUGCCACGCACCCAGGCUGACUGGGACGCCGAGUUUGCAAAGUACCAGGCGUCACCCGAGUUCCGACUCGCGCACAGCCACAUGGGCGUCGAGGACUUCAAAUUCAUUUUCUGGAUGGAGUACGGCCACCGCAUGUGGGGGCGCCUGAUGGGAAUCGGAUUUGCGCUGCCGGCAGCAUACUUCGCAGCUCGCGGCGCGGUCAACGGGCCGCUGGCAGGGCGGCUGGGGCUACUGUUUGCGAUGGGCGGCGCGCAGGGGCUGGUCGGCUGGUGGAUGGAGCCCGCCAACGAGCACGCCGUGCCCCGCGUCAGCCCCUACCGCCUGGCCGCCCACCUCACCAGCGCAUUCGCUAUCUACACAACCCUGGUCUGGACCACCCUCGGCCUCGCGGCGCCCGCGAGCGCGCUCGCCGCGGCGCCCCAGGCCGCCGCCGCGGCCGCCGCCGCGCUGCGGAGCCGCGCGCUGCCGGUGGCGUGCCUCGUCGGCGUCACGGCCGUCAGCGGGGCGUUUGUGGCCGGCAUGGACGCGGGGCGCGCGUUCAACACGUUCCCCCUCAUGAACGGCCAGCUGGUUCCGGAUGAGUACUGGUCUUCCGGCCUGCCGCUCAUUCGAAACGCGUUCGAAAACACGGCCGCCGUGCAGCUGCACCACCGCGCGCUCGCGCUGACGACGCUCGCAUCGGUCGCCGCCCUGUGGGCGUCGGCGCGCGGCGCGCCGCUGCCCGCGGCGGCGCGCGCGUGGCUGGGCGGGCUCGCGGCGGCGACGGCGGCGCAGGUGACGCUCGGGGUGACGACGCUGCUCACAUACGUGCCCGUGCCCCUUGGGGCCGCCCACCAGGCGGGGGCCAUGGUGGUGUUCACCGCCGCGCUGGGCCUGCUCCACAGCCUCCGGCCGGCGGCCGCGGCGCCGCUCGCGCGCGCAGUCAGCCGCGCGGCGCCGCCGCUGGGCGUGGCGGCGACGGCGGCGGUCGCGUACGCGGUGACCCGGACGCGGUGA